AUGGUUGCAGCAUCCAUAGCAAAUGUAAAUCUAGAGUGUUGUGAAAACAGGGAGAUAUUUACUGGAAUCGAUUUUGGUAUCACUACCAAGGAAAAGGCUUCUGCAAAACGAAACACUCAGUCGCAACCAGCAGAACCGUUACGUCAUGGAAUUGCUGGAUUAGCUGGAAUAUUUGACCGAGUUGCAUCGCCAUCGCUCAAUAGUAGUCAACCGCAAGCCUUUCGUGCUUAUUUCGCUACAUGA